UUCUUACCUCCGCCAUGUUUGCGAUCCUGCAGGGUCACGUCAGGGGUUGCAGCGAUUCCCGGAUGUAGAGCCCCGCCCACCUGCAGUAUCAAGAACACAAUCCUGCCAUAGCAUGGACCUUGUGUAAUAUUGUAUUUAUAAAAACUAUAUCACUUUUACAUAUAGAUCUGAAUUGUGUUUUUAAAAAGCUUUAUCUCAAACCAAUCACAUCUGCUGACAUGCUCAUAAAUGAGAACAUAGCAAGUAGUAGAUGUGUUUUUAAUGUAACUUUUUAUUUUGUUUUAAGAUGGCAAAGAAGUUGUCUUCCCAUCAUCAGGUAUUGACCAUUAGACCUUUUACUGGAGAAGAAAAAUAACCAAUGCCAAAAAGAAGACAACAAAUCUAUUUAAGUUUGUCAUGUUCCUUAUUUGGGUUCACUCCAGUAAAGGUAUAAGAACGUUAUGUAGUUUAAACUGGGACUUCACAUGGCUGUAAUGCUGAUUACACGGGCAGCACUUCAUGCUACUUUAUUUCCAGAUUUAGAGGACACUUAAGAGGUGACACAUUUUGAAAUUGUAUAUAUUCAAACAUAUAAGAUAUUAUUAGUCAUCAAAACUGAACUUGACAGAUGUGUAGUUAUUAAUUACACAUGAGAAUUUGUGCUUUGAUAAAAAAAAUAAAAACAGUCAUAUCUAAAACUAUAUAUUUUGAUUGGGCUGUGCUUGGCCCAACCAUUGAUAUCUAAAAACGGCACGGUAAUGUUGCCAACUUGAUUCAAAGACACAGUUCAAUUUUGACAAGCGUAGUGAUUGACGCAACUGUCUCUUCUGGGAAUCACUGAUUUAGCCACGAUAGCGGGCACACAUGUUGCUAUGUAGAGAGCCAUCAUCUCAGUUUGUUGCUGGAUGGAUAUCGCAAGUGAUCCAUUAAGUAACCCUUGGCAAAAUCCAUAGCAAUAAAAACCCUGCAGUUAGGACAUAAAAGAGCAUUUCUUUCUCUUAAACAUUUACGAGAAUAGAGUCAAUCAGCGAUCAUCACGAUGUUCUAGAUUCCCACACAAAUCCUCAAUGACCGGACUUGCGUCUGUUGCUAAAGGCCAGAUUCUUAACAAAGAUAAUACACACAUAUUUACACAGGUAUUACCUGUGGACAUCUAAGGAAAUUCUGUGACAUCACUGGAGACUACAUAAAGGGGUAUACCCGGACCACAGACCGUAUGAAAUGGCCAGGACAGAUAGUUCCAUGAGAAUGAACAACAUGAGAUCCCAACUUCUGCUUGCGAUGCUGCUGUGUGCAAUGUUGUGCGUAACGCACGUCCAGACAGAGGAUGACGCAAACAAACUGAAGCUUUGUGGCCGUGCGUUUGUGCGUGCCGUGGUCUACACCUGCGGAGGAUCCAGGUGGAGAAGACGGAUGGGAGAAGAGGACGCUUUGCAGGCAGGUGGCGGGAAGCCCAAAGUGAAGACAACAGAUGAGCCAGCAAUAGACCGCCAUCGGCGGGACCAAAACCAGGCUCUGAUAUCAGUGUGCUGUCAACUAGGCUGCCGAAGGAGUGACCUCUCCAUGCUCUGCUAGAGGGGAACAUACCAAGAAGGUCAUCCUCAAUCUGCCAUUCAUUGCUUUAAAAAGGAAAAUCUUCAGAAUGUUAUUAAAAUAAUGUCAUUUAACUGUUCAUGCUACCAAAAAAUGAAAUAAAACACCAUGAAUUUU